ACCUCUGGGACCCCUGGCCCUUGGUGGACGUGCCCUGGGAGCCGGGUUCUGCCUGGACGCAGGUCCCUAGGCCACGCUUCCGCUCCAAGCCUUUUGAUGCGGCCACCUUACAGUGGGUGGGCUUCCCGACGCGAAAGAGGGCGUCGUGUAAGGCUCUCAAGGAGAGCCCUCAUGGAGGGCCCACGGAGGGCUUGUGGAAGGCCGGGUCUUGGAGGGCCCCAUCUUUGAGAACCCCACUUUGGAAGUAGGGCGUCUCGAAGAACCGGAAAUUGAGCGUGUGGACGGCCCCUGUCGUGGGGGGUCCCGCUUUGGAAGUUGGGCGUCGUGGAAGGCCCCCGUCGUGGGGUGGGGGGGCUGCUUCGGAAGUAGGGCGUCGUGGAAGGCCUGGUCGUGGAGGACUACCAGGGGUGAGGAGUUGGGGCGCUGCGGGGUAGUGCCCGAGAAAAACCCCGGGCCAAAACUGGGCGGACACCUGCUGCCUCACCUGGGCUCGGUGUGCGCCGGCCCCGGGGCGGAGUCGGCCCCGGCUUCUUCCUGUUCGCCGGGAGGUGUGCGGAGCCGCAGGGGCGCGGCGAGCGGCAGCGCGGGGGCACAAUGAAUAACCCUAUACCUUCAAACCUAAAAUCAGAAGCAAAGAAGGCUGCAAAAAUAUUAAGAGAAUUCACAGAAAUAACUUCCAGAAAUGGACCAGAUAAGAUCAUUCCUGCCCAUGUGAUUGCAAAGGCAAAAGGCCUUGCAGUUCUGUCUGUGAUAAAAGCUGGGUUUCUGGUGACAGCUAGGGGAGGCAGUGGGAUUGUCCUGGCACGCCUUCCAGAUGGAAAAUGGUCUGCGCCUUCAGCCAUUGGGAUAGCUGGGCUUGGUGGGGGAUUUGAAAUAGGAAUUGAGGUAUCGGAUUUGGUAAUAAUUUUGAAUUAUGACAGAGCAGUAGAAGCUUUUGCAAAGGGUGGAAACCUGACACUUGGAGGAAAUUUUACUGUGGCAGUUGGGCCUUUGGGAAGGAACCUAGAAGGAAAUGUGGCCCUGAGAAGCUCUGCAGCUGUCUUCACCUACUGCAAAUCCAGGGGACUCUUUGCUGGCAUCUCCCUAGAAGGGAGCUGCCUGAUUGAAAGGAAAGAAACUAAUCGGAAAUUUUACUGUCAAGACAUUCGAGCUUAUGACAUUUUAUUUGGAGAUGUUCCACGACCUGCUCAAGCAGAAGAUCUUUAUGAAAUUCUUGAUUCCUUUACUGAAAAGUAUGAGAAUGAAGGACAACGAGUCAAUGCCAGAAAAGCAGCCAGGGAGCAGAGGAAGGCUAAGGAGUUGCCUCCAAAACCAUCAUCAAGACCACAGCAGCCAUCUGGACCAGGCCAGCUGAACUCUGGCUCCCAAAGUAACAGAAAUGAAUAUAAGCUGUAUCCUGAGCUUUCUGGCUAUCAUGAGAGAGCUGGCAGCUCUAACCGACCAGUAGAAGUGACAGCACUGUACUCUUUCGAAGGGCAACAGCCUGGGGACUUGAGUUUUCAAGCUGGAGACAGAAUCACAGUUAUUUCAAAAUCUGACUCACAUUUUGAUUGGUGGGAAGGAACACUUCGAGGUCAAACUGGCAUUUUUCCAGCCAACUAUGUAUCCAUGGAUUAGAUUUUAUAUUAUUUUCUUCUUUGAUAGUUAGAAAAAAAGUAUUUCUACACUGACAGGAUUCAACAUCAGCUAAGCAUUGUUUAAUGUAAGAUUAAAACACAUCUGCCUUUCAAACUUUUAAUUCAGUUGUAAAAGUUUUUUUCUCUUUAUAUAAAUAAAUUUUUAACUUCCAUGUCUUUCAA